AUGGAAUCUACUUAAAAAGUGUAAGAAAAGUCAGGGGCAAAUGAUUUUAAUGGGGAAGUCGAUAUGAACCUGGUAUAAUAACUUAUGGAAUUCGGCUUUGGAUUUGAAGAGGCUAUGCUUGCUUUGAAGAUUUCACAGAAUGAUAUGGCCUAGGCUGGAGAACUGCUUUCAAGUGGAGGAGCUGAACUAGAGACAUUGCGAAUCCUAGCCAAAUCCGCUCAAAUCUAGAAAGAUACUGAUCAAUUUAAGGAUGAUUUGGAUGAUAAUCAAUUUUAUCCAGAAGAAGUAGAUUCACCCAAAGGUAAGGCAACCAAGAUGGUCAUUGUAGUGCGCCAAGACCAAGGUUUGAAAAACUUAUCUUUAGGCAAGAGUGCUCAGUUUGUCUCUGAAGGGGUUGUUUUAGCUUAUCAAAGAGGCCAGGAGUUUAAUAAAAAAGUAGUUUCAGUCUGGGAGAACUAAGCAUGGCCCAAAAUUGCUUUGAAAUGUGAUGAUCUUGAGGAGUUACUAAAGAUUGAAGAGAAUGCUAAGAAUGCUAAAAUCAACUCUUUUGUAUUGAGAAAAAAGAUAGCUUUUCCAUUAAAGAGUAAGACUCAAUAAACUGGCAAAUAGGUAGUAGAAGAGGAAGUGAAAAAUGCUGUUGAAGGCGGUGAUGUCAAGAGUAAUGUAGAGGAAUCCAAAUCUGAGGAGAAGAGCGAGGAAAUCAAAGCUGAUUCAGAAUAGCCAAUAGAGGAGAAGGAAGAACCGAUACUAUGUGUUGUGGGACCAGGAUAUGCAGAUGAGAUAAAUAAGGUGACGGAGAGCUAUCUUGAGGACAACUAAGUCUACGAGUUGUUCGAAGGACUCCUCAAGCAACUAGUUAUUAACAGACCAGACCAACCAUUAGAGUUCCUCAUCCAAAAACUCUCAAAGCCAGAGCCAAAGAGAAUUUUCAUGGUUGGACCUCCAGGCAGUAACAGAAAAGAAAACGCACUUGCCUUGGCUGAGUACUUCAACUGGCAAAGCAUUUCAAUUGGUGAUCUUUUGAAAAAAGAGGUCAGCAAAAAGUCAGAGUAUGGCAAGGCUAUCUCAGAGAGUUUGAAGAACUACAGAUAUGUUGAUGACAAUAUUGUGGUUGAGAUUGUAAAAAAUCAGAUCAAGAACUGUGAGAAGGACGGCUAGUCAUGGAUUAUUGAAGGCUUCCCAAGAACUAAGGUUCAAGCUCUCGCUCUAUAAAAGAUUGGAGUGAUCCCAGACAAAUUCAUUCUCCUUGAUGUUAAGAAAUCAGCUUCAAUUACUAAGGUCAAGAAUAAUCUCAUCCAAAACAACACCGUCCUCUAUGGGCCAGAGCUCGAGGAAACUGCUAACCAAGCUAUUGAAGAAUAUGAACUCCACAUUAAGGGAGUGAAAGAAGCAUUCAAUGGAUUUAUCUACGAAUAUAGUGCAGUUGACAAAGCAUAAAAUGAUGUUGCCAAUGAUCUAGCUAGAAUGCUUAGAAUUAGAUAUAGAAGCAAUGCCCCAAGAAGACCACCCAGAGUUAUUUUACUUGGACCCCCAGGUUCUGGAAGAUCUACCUAAGCUGAGGUUAUCGCAAAGAGAUACGGACUUGUUCACAUCUGCACUAGGUCUUUGUUAAAGGCAGAGAUUGCCAGAAAUCCUUCAGCUGGAAAGAACAUUUCACAUUGUCUUGAUAAUGGCCUUUUGGUGCCAGAUCAAAUUGUACUUCCACUAGUUGAGCAAAGAUUAAAGCAAUCAGACUGCAGAGUCAAUGGUUGGAUUUUAGACGGUUUCCCAUAAACAGAUGCUCAGAUCAACCUCUUGAAAUCUUUGAAAAUUAGACCUUCCCUUGUCUGUCUCUUUGAGCAAACCGAGGAUGAGUCUGUCAGACGUUUAAGCAAUAGAAGAAUCGAUCCCUAGACUGGUGCCUAUUACAACUUAGAGAUCAAUCCACCAAAAGAAGAAGCUGUUGCUGCUAGACUUAUUGAACUUCACGAAGACAAAGAGUCAACUGUUAGAAAGAGACAAGAGAUCUGGAACACUCAAGUCUCCAACAUCGAAGAAGCCUUCAAGAGCAUGCUCCUCAACGUGCCAAGUGACAAGCCAGUGGAUCAAAUAGACCGCGGAAAGUCGCAAAGUCCUUUUUCUGGGUCCAGAAGUUUGAUAACUUCAAAAUCUCCUCUCCGCCUGAAUGAAUAAGGAGGUAUAACUCGAAAUGAUGCAAUCGUGGAUGGAAUAAAAGGGAACAGAAUGACUGCAAGUCAUAUAAUUGGACCUCUGACACCUUCUAAUAAACAGCUACUUACUAAAGGAAAGCUAGUAGCAAUGCGAGAGUUAUAGCAAGAAUAGUUCCUUAAAUCCUAAAAUAAAAACAAACAUAUGAACUCAAUAUUAGUUCAAACGAUGUCGCCUUCAAAAAAAGAAGAAAAAAAGAAGGUGAACUUAGUUGAAAGGAAAUCUGUAGCUUAAACACAUUAUUAAGUUAAUCAUUCAGUUUUAAGUAAUAAUGAUGACCUUCAAUCUACACCCUAGGUUAUGCAAGUCAAUUAAGACAUUGAUCUCUUACAAAUGCAAUAUAACUAGAAAGCAUUGAGCUAAAUAUAUGCAGAAACAAUAAAGUCAAGUCCAAAAAGAUUUACAUUUGACAAAACUGAGCUACAAGAAAAGAGAACUAAUAGAAAAUCAUUUGAGAUUCAAAGAGAGAAUUACUCUCCUGAAGAAUAUGACACUAAAGUCAAAGUCUUCUACGAUUAGGCAAAAUAUGUAACUAUCAGGUGGAGCAGCCACAAUAUGAAUUUGACUUGCGGGUGGUUGAUUUCAGAAAUUAUGCGCCAUUUGAUGUUUGAGGAAGACUUUAAUAAGCGUACCCACAUCAUUGGGAUCAGGAACAUUCAUCAGAAAGCUACUCCCCCCGAAAAAUUCUUGCUAGGCAGCAUCACUUCAGCCAACUCUAACUUCUCACCUAUUUUUAGUGAGACCAAUAUGGGGUAGCAUACUUCUCAUGUUACACUCGAAGAUUUUGAGUUUAUAAAAGUUAUAGGGAAAGGUGGAUUCUCGAAAGUUUUCCAAGUUCGGAAGAAGGACACUGGAAAAAUUUAUGCGAUGAAAACCCUUAGUAAGGCUAAAAUCAAGAGAGAUAAUAAAGUAGAGAAUAUCCUCAAUGAGAGAGCUAUCCUAGAAUAAGUUGCUCACCCUUUUAUUAUUCAGAUGAAAUAUGCUUUUCAGAAUUUUUGCGCUGGAGGAGAGCUCUUUUACAGAUUGAAUAAUAUACCUUAAGGUCGAAUGACUGAGAGAUAGGCUAAGUUUUACUUUGCUGAAAUACUGAUGGCAAUCUAAUAUCUGCAUGAUAGCUAGAUCCUAUACAGAGACUUGAAGCCAGAGAACAUUGUAAUAGACGAAAAUGGACAUAUAAAACUUACUGAUUUUGGACUAUCAAAGGUCGGUUUCAAAAUGGGUGAUAGAGCUUACUCAUUCUGCGGUUCUCCUGAAUAUAUGGCUCCAGAAAUGCUACUUACAGAGAAAAAUAGACAAAUGGGCUUGCAGCCUUUGCAUCAUGAUAAAUCUUUAGAUUUUUAUCACCUUGGUGCUUUGCUGCAUGAGAUUUUAGUUGGUCUCCCACCAUUUUUCUCUGAGGAUAGAUAGAAAAUGUAUUAGGACAUCAUUUAUGCGCCAACCACUAUCCCUUCAUAUCUGUCUAAAGAGUGUUAGAAUCUUCUUGAAGGAUUGCUUCAAAAAGAAUCAACAAAGAGAUUAGGUUCGAAAAGAGGAGCGGUAGAAAUUAGGGAGCACCCUUGGUGUGCAGACAUCGACUGGGAUAGAAUAUUAAGAAAAGAAGUAAUGCCACCAUUUAAGCCCUUCCAAGAUCGAUCUAAUUUUGAUCCUGAAUACACAAGUAUGAAUCCGAUUUUAGAGGAUGAAGACAUCCUAGUCUCGCUAGAUGAUUAAAGCAAGUAGAAGAGUGCAGGUGAAUUUCUUAAUGAAUAUGAGAAUAGAAUAGCCAAGUCUAAAAAUAAUAAAUAAAUGCAGGAGCAAAUGCAAAAUUAGUAGAAACUUACAAGGUAGCAUUCAAUAGAGCUAUAUGAAAGAGAGAACAAAACCUUUAGAGGUUACUCCUUUCUGCAAGAUCCAAUCAAUCCAAACAUCAUAAAUCAGCAUACAUAAGGAGGGUUUUAAGACAAUGAUGGUUUUUAUUUCUGUUUAGCAGAUUCCAAAGACUAGAGUUUCACCUUAGGCAGUCCUAUAUAAGAACUCGACUGCCUUAGUGAUGGAGAGAUAGUCACUCUUUAUCAGAGACCUUCUCAUAUUAAUCAUGCUUAGAUGAUGCACAUCGAACAAGAAAUGAUGAUUAUGUUCCAAAAUCAAUCAAAAAACUAGCAAAGCCAGCAAUCAAUUCUAAGUGAGGACACAGAAGGCAUGAAGGCCAACAUAAAUCAAAUGUCCUUUAAGAAAAAGGAUAUUGAAAAAAAUCUUAAAGUCUAGCUUUAGUCAAAUUACCUUUCUAAAGACGGCCAGAAAUUUAUUCAGCAAUAGCAGUCUAAAGAGUCAUUAUACAAUGAGCUGUUGAGCACCUUUGACUAUUCAGUCGGUAAAAAAGAUAGAGUUCAGGAACAAAUUAAGAAAAACAAUAAUCAGACUCUAAGUACAAUGAGUCUUUUCUCUUUAAGUUAGCAAAACCAUAUGGGCAGCUACCUGCUCAGCCAGGGAGGAGAAAAGUACUUUCAACAAAAUCUUAGCAAAUUAAUGGAAGAGAAAAAGAUGCAGAGUAAGAGCUAGAAUAAGGAGAAACUAGAAUUCUAAAAAAUAGUUAGGAAGUAUUCACCAGAGAUUGACUUGCAAAGAGCACUGGUCUAGAGCAAAUAAAAAAUUGCAAAUGAUCUCAUUUAAACAAUAAAGCAACAGCAGCAGCAAUAAUCAGCUAACAAAAAGAGUCUUUAGAUAUCGGUUAAUAAUCAAUUGAACAUCUAGCAUGAGAGUGUUUAGUCGAGAGCUAACUCAAAUAAUAACACAAAGAUUAACUCUUAAACUACUCAGAAAAAGACACAGCAGUUAUAUAUUUCUGAGUAUGGGACAUUUGGGAAUCCAAAAUAAAGCAAAAUAGGGAAUAAAAAGAGGGUUUCAGAGACUAAUUCAAACAGAGCAGGUUCUCCUUCAGAAAAAAUCUUAGUAAAGCAGUAAAAUGGCAAAAAAUAAAGUGUUUCUAAAAAUCAUCACAACUCCAUCUUAAAGUAAAGCUAAAAUUAAACAAUGCUUUUGAGCAAUAAUCAAAGCCAAGGCAUUUAGACUUCACUUAAGACAUCUUAGCUUUAUAGCUAAGUGUAGACCAAAGUAUCUUCUAAGAAAAGCAGGAAUCAAUCAAAUCAAAAUAAGGAUGUAAAUAAUAACAAUCAAAACUUGAAUAACAACAAUUUAUCCAACAUCAUUAAUAAGGAGGAGGAGUUAUGUGAUGAUGGAGAGCAAUAUGUAAGUGAUUAAAUUCACCAAGACCAUUAAUUCAAAAUUGAAAGCAAUUAUCAAACCUUAGAUGAGAAUCAUAAUUUAUAGUAAAACCCGAGUGGAAAGUUUAUUGUUGAACAAAUCACUGCUAAUGAGCUAUUAGGCUCAUUUUUGGCUUAGCAAUCAAGUCACUCAAGCCAUCAUUAGAUACUAAUGCACCCUAAUGGGGAUUAGACAUUAAUUGAUUACGUAGGAAAUUCAAGCUUAGGGUCUUUAGGACCUAAUGAAAGAUCUUUUGAAGAGGUUUCAAAGGAAGCAAUGGCAGCUAUGAUACUCAAUCAAUCCAAUGAGAGCUGCUGUUGUAGUGAUGAUGAAUUCGCAUUAAAGCAAAUUGGGAAAAAGUCUACUAUGAUGGAAAAUGUAAGUCCAAAAGGCAAAAUCUAUAAAAACCCUAGAAAUUUGUUUCAUAAUGGGCUCCAGGAAUCAAUAAAUGCUAAUUAGAUUAAGCAUUAGGCGAAUGAUUAGCAAUUUAAGAAGUUAUUAGAAGAGUAAAAAACUCUUAAUCCAUUUGAAGAAGAAAAAAACCCAACUUCCAAAAGAAUCACUCUUAAUAAUUAAAAUAAAUUCUUCUCAGAUUAGGCAAUUACUACUCCGAUUCCCUAAGAUGGCAGAUAACUUUCAUAAGAGGACAAGUAAAAGGUAAACAAAAGUACGAACGCCUCAAUUAUUGAUUUAAAUUUGCAAAAGAACAGCAGAAGUAUAAACACAUCGCAAAUAAUAUAAAUUAAGAACGAAAAGAAAAUAUCUACGACUGGAUUGACUACAAGACAUAUUGGUCUUGGAAGUAAUUCAAAUGCUCACAAGACUCAGUCUUCAAACUAACAUACUUUGAACAUGCUGAAUAAAACAACUCCAAUAAGUCCAUUGAGAGAUUCUCGCUAACCAAUGCAAAACUAAGCCACAAAAUUAAAGGAGAGACCUAUUAUAAACCUUAAGUAUGAAGCAAAUAUUGGACAAAACAGCUAGUAGUCAUUGACUAUUUAAACAAAUGUCAUAAAUUAAGCCUCAUCUCUAUCAUUGAUAAGCAGUACACCCAGAGGAACAGCAACAAGACAAAGCAAGAUGCUUCUGAAUAAUAAACUUUCGCAUGUGAAUACUUUCAAUAAUACUCACAUCUCCACGACUAAGAAUCUUAAGAAAUGA